AUGGCAUCUAAUUUAGUGCAGCUCCAAGUUCCCACAUUGAAGAAAGAAAAUUAUGAAAGAUGGUGCAUCCAGUUCAAAGCAUUGUUUGGAUCACAGGACCUAUGGGAAGUUGUCAGUAAUGGGUAUGAUGAACCCACUACUGAGCAAGAAGCUGACUACACUACAAAUCAAAGGAAUACUCUCAAGGACUUACGAAAAAAGGACAAGAAGGCACUAUAUCUUCUAUAUCAAGGAUUAGAAGAUUCAACGUUUGAGAAUAUUGUAGAAGCAACAACCAGCAAGAAAGUUUGGGACACUUUAAGCACAAUUUACGAAGGAGUAGAUCGAGUAAAACGAGUUCAGCUUCAAUCAUUAAGAGCAGAUUUUGAGGCUGCUCAUAUGAAAGAAGGAGAAAACAUUUCACACUACUACUCUCGACUACUUGUAAUUGUGAAUCAAAUGAAAAGGAAUGGUGAGAGGCUUGACAAUGUUCGUGUCAUGCAGAAAAUCCUUCGGUCAUUCACAUCCAACUUUGAGCAUGUGGUGACUGUCAUCGAAGAAUCCAAGAAUUUGGAGACGAUGAGUGCAGAGGAACUGCUAGGAUCCUUCCUAUGGAAUUCAUGUCGUGGAAGCUCAGCUGAGGACGAGGCCAAGGAAGAGGUCGAGGCUAUGCACAAAACCGAGGUCAAUCUCAAGAGUGGAGAUCUACUCGAGGAAAGGCGCAUAUCCAGUGUCAUAGUUGCAAGCAAUAUGGACAUUAUGCCAAUGAAUGUUCAUAUAAAAAUGGUGAGCAUGUCAACAUGGCAGAAUCAAGUGGAAAUGCUGGUGAGGAAUUUACAGUCUUACUAG